CUUAAUCCAUGGGCCGAACUUAGUAUAUGCAUUACUGCAUCUGUGUAUAGCUUGGUGCAUAAUCUGCAAUCUGUUGAAAUGACUGACUUGCUCAAGGUGCGUCGAUCAAUGUUAUGUGUUACAAUUGCCUAUUUAUGUGUAUGUACAUGUACAUAGUGUAUUGAAGUCAAAAUUCAUGUAUGUACAAACCAAAUGAAGGCGACAAAUUGUGCGUAAUUAAAUCAAUUAUAAUCGUUUUCGACAAGAAAUCUAUAGAACAUUUUGAGGUAUAUGCCUCGCCAAUGUUUUUGAGCUUCUAAAAGAUGUGAAUUAAGUCUCUUCUGUGUGCAGUGAGAAUUAAUCAUUUGCAAAACUCGUCAGUCACUGUUCCUGUUCACAUGCGGGCUAUAUUCAACGUAUCAACAAGAGAGUUUUGUAUUUUGCAUUUCUUGAAAAAUAUGCAUCAGUAAAAUCAUGGCUGAUUAUUCGUCUGAAAACACAACAUCCCAAGAAAACACAGAGCCUGCUUUUGGACAGGAUUCUGAUGUAGAGUCUUCAAAUAGCAAUGUGUCUGGAUCGGAGGCACAUAGUGGGCAUACUUCAUUGUGUAGCAAUGUUGAUGAAGGAUGGUUGUCUGCCCCUCGAGUGCUGUUGAGUGAGGCUUCAACCAUUGUUAAUUCAAACUCCUUAGAGCCUGAUGUUAGACAGAAUAAUUUAACCACAACAUCAAUGCAUAAUUCCUUCAAAGGUACUCUUCUGCCUUGGGGUGCCACAAAGGAUCGUUCCACACAUCCCAGUGCAGGUCCCAGCAUUGAUAUGGAUAUUCGGCCUGGAGAAUUUGUUAUGCGGACGCUCUUUGCUGACUUCACAUUGCAAUCAGAACGUAAAAUAGAGUCAGUGAUGUUUGACCAGCAAGACAAGCAACUGUUGAAGGUUUUGCAGAGAGGGGAAGAUGCACAGUUUGAUCAGCUACUUAGUGCAUUUGGCUCUGUGGCUGAACAUUGCCUGCCUUCUCUUUUGAAGGCUUUGUUUGCAUGGUAUGAGAGGCAGUUGAGUGAAGUAUGCAAUUCUGAACAAAAGAAAGUUGAAAAGGGAAAAAGUAUUAUAAAUAUAGUGUCAGGCAAUACACAGGAGGUAGUUGAAAGAAGUGAGGAAGAAAUUCAGCAGGAGAGAAGAGACUUGGCUGUGGAGUUCAUUUUCUGUUUGGUGCUUAUUGAAGUUCUUAGACAGCUAUCUUUUCACCCUGGCCAUGAAGAUCUUGUGCAGUAUAUUGAAGUGAUUGCAUUUAAACAUUUUAAAUACAGAGAUGGGGUUGCAAAUGGGCCAAAUGCAGCAAACAUUCAUAUAAUUGCCGAUUUAUAUGCAGAAGUUAUCGGUGCUCUGGCACAGUCGAGAUUUAUGUCAGUACGCACACGAUUUAUGUCAGAAUUGAAGGAAUUACGAUCUCGUGACCCUAGUCCCCAAAUAACACAAAGUAUUAUUAGCUUGCUAAUGGGUAUGAAGUUCUUUCGCGUCAAAAUGGUACCAAUUGAAGAGUUUGAAGCUUCUUUUCAAUUCAUGCAGGAGUGCGCUCAGUAUUUUCUGGACGUCAAGGAUAAGGACAUCAAACAUGCGCUUGCUGGUUUGUUCGUGGAGAUAUUGGUUCCCGUGGCUGCUACUGUGAAAAAUGAAGUAAAUGUUCCCUGCCUGAAAAACUUCGUGGAGAUGCUCUAUUCACAGACGUUGGACGCAAGUACGAAGUCAAAACACAGAUUGGCUUUGUUUCCUCUCAUAACUUGCCUACUAUGUGUCAGCCAGAAAGCCUUUUUCCUGCAAAAUUGGCACUACUUCCUCGCCAUGUGUUUAUCACAUUUGAAAAAUCGAGAUUCCAAGAUGUGUCGUGUCGCUUUAGAAUCUCUCUAUCGUUUGCUGUGGGUGUAUAUGAUUCGCAUAAAAUGCGAGAGCAACUCUGCGACUCAUUCGCGCCUCCAAAGCAUUGUGAAUUCUCUAUUCCCCAAGGGUUCGAAAGGUGUCGUGCCACGUGACACCCCAUUACAUAUUUUCGUGAAGAUUAUCCAGUUUAUUGCCCAGGAGCGCUUAGAUUUUGCGAUGCGUGAGAUUGUAUUCGAUUUGCUCUCUGUGGGACGCCCUAUAAAAAUCAUUCUCACUCCCGAGAGAAUGAAUAUUGGACUAAGAGCCUUUCUUGUUGUUGCCGAUAGUUUACAGCAGAAGGAGGGAGAACCCCCCAUGCCUAGAGCAAUGGGGGUGCUGCCUAGUGGCAAUACACUGCGUGUUAGAAAGAUUUUUCUCAAUAAGACACUUACAGACGACAUGGCAAAAAGUAUCGGUAUGAGUUCAUACUUUAUUCAUGUACGACGAGUUUUUGUGGAUAUUUUACGUGCGCUGGAUUCACAGUAUGGUCGUCCGCUGAUGAUGACUAGCGUCCAGAAUGUCAAUAAAGAGCCUGACGAGAUGAUAACUGGCGAAAGGAAGCCGCGAAUUGAUUUGUUUCGCACUUGUGUUGCCGCUGUACCUAGAUUAAUUCCGGAUGGGAUGACCGGCGCUGAAUUGGUGGAUUUGCUGUCUCGCCUAACUGUACACAUUGAUGAGGAAAUGCGUAUGCUUGCAUAUCAGAGUCUUCAACUCCUGGUAAUGGAAUUUCCUGAUUGGCGCCAGGAUGUUCUCUGGGGAUUUACACAAUUUUUGGCGAAAGAGGUCCUUGACACUUUUCCGCAGCUUGUUGACAGCGGCAUGCGAAUGUUGCUGCAACUUUUAACAACUUGGAAAGCGGCGGUUGUUCCAAACGCUCAAUUGCCAAGCAUGCGACCUGCCAAAGAAGGUUCUAAUAGUGAAGGAACUAGAACGUUGAUUAAGAAUAAGGAUGCAAAUAAACGAACUGACAACGCGAAACCAGAACCUAUUCAUUCAGUAUUACAUCUUAUUGAAUCUUACGCAUUGGUUAUGCUGUGCAAUUAUCGUAUUGUACCGCGAAAACUUUCGAUCAUGAUAUUGCGUGAUGUGAAGAUUUUACAAAAGCAGCUCGCUUGCACCAAUGAGCCAUCGGUCGUGGAUGUUAUGGAUCAGUUUGUGCAGCAAGUGGUGGAGAAGGUGUUGGGUAUUCUACCACCGGGCGAGAAGACAGCUAUUCUUAGCGCACCCAAUAUUGACACUCAGUGGCUGGCCGAGCGCAAUACAACACUUUGGACAGCUGGUUUACAUGAAGACGGAAAGUCGGUCAUGUACGAAGUGGAUGCUGUUGAUCCUUGGGGCACCUGUUUAUUUGCUUUCUUAGAGCGCGACCGAAUUCUGUCUCUUUGUCCUUCAGUGGUGCAGCAUUCCUGGCCAAUGGUAUUCAGUAGGUUGAAUUCGUUGUAUCCUGUUAUUGACCCAACUCCGGUCAAUGAUAACCGUGCUUCCCUGCUUCGAAGUUCUACAACAGUAAAAAAACCAUUAAAUGAGCGCGAUUUCUACAUUUUUCUAUGGAAAAACUACAUAACUUUUGCAUUUAAAGUGGUUCCACCUGUACCCAAUCCGGUGAUUCGCUGCGCCAGCCCUGAUCUCAGUCUUAGUUCUUUGGAAGGUGUUGUUGAGUCAAGUGAGCUCAGUACAAGCCUUGAGAAUUUGGUACAAGCGCAGGGCUUGAUCUCCACGGGCAGAUUUACUCUGCCACUCUCCGCCAUUCGGCGACAACAUAAGCGAACCAGUUCGUCACCUGAUAGUCUAAACGCGGAGCGCAAUGAGACGAAGCUAGGAGCCGGCUUGACCGCCUCUCCAACGGCCCUCUUCAAGCUGAUCGUGCCAUUAUUGCGUUGCGAGGUGUUGGAUGUGCGCACAGCCGCCGUGAACGCCCUCGGGAAUGUCAACAAUGAAGCAUUAAAAGAUUUAAUGGAGGAAUUAGUACCAUAUAUUCGCGAAGCUGUCGACCGUAAGCAGGAGAAUGUGAGAAGGAGGCGGCGACGCGAUUCUUUGCGAUUUCAAUUAAUUAAAGUGUUGGAACUUAUUGCCGAAUCUGGCACGUUUGGCGUCAGCUCGUUUGUGAUUGAUCGCUCUGCAUUGCAUUUCGCGUUUCUGGAAUACAUGGACGGGGCGCGUUUGUACCUCGAAUCCGAGCCCGACAAAAACACCACAUACGUCAGAGAAAUUGUUCACUAUUUUUGUUCUUUUAUUCGGAAAAUGAUCAAAAGUUUCAGCCUUGAAACUCUAAGGACGCUUUUAAAAAAAGACUUGCGUAGAAAAUUGCUUAUAUUAUUUUCUACCUGGUCGGGUUACUAUGGAGCACCAAUUCGAAAAAUUGUCGUGGAAGAUGUACAUUACAAAGACAAAAAAGUGAAUGAUGCGCAGUUUUGCGUUUUGCAAGCAAUGACUGCGUUGCUUUGCUGUGGACCGUGGUUUGACGACACUAAUACAUCUGAUGAUCGAAUUUACUAUAAAUGGCUUGAUAUGAUGCUAGAGAGUCACGAAGAUCGAGUGUAUAAUUUGGCUAAAGAAACUGUCGUUUUGUUGCUUGAAUUUAAUCCAGACAUCGACCAUCUUCUGGAUUGGUGUGUGGAUCGUUGUUAUACGGGAGCACAAACAGUAGCAGAUGGAUGCUUUCUAGCACUUGCCACGAUAUUCAGCGCAAGAGAAUAUCCUUGUGAUCACUACACAGCUGUAAUCAACGUCACUCUGAUGAAUACUGGAUGUCCACGACCACACGUACGAGAUACUGCGCUUCAAUUGCUGCAACUGCUUGAUAAGAGGUUCUUUGGUACCGUGCGACCAUUGGCGGAAGGAGAUUUAGCUGAGGGAGAUAAAGGGCGCAGCACACUGGACACUCUACUCGCGCGAACGUAUUGCCGGUCCCAAAUUCAUCUGAGUAGCCAACUCUCUCAACUUCAUCCGGAGCUAACUAUGCCUAUGUUUUCUGAAAUUACUCACCGUUUUCAAACGGCUCGCCCAGAUGUUCGACAAUUGCUUUUGCAGUACUUGGUGCCAUGGUUGCACAACAUGGAGCUCGUGGAUCCAAAUGUACCACCAACGAAUGCAAGUUUUUAUUAUCAGUUUUAUGCAAAUGAGACUGCAAAAGCGGGGGUUCGGAAAGAAGGAUGGGGUUCAGCGGAAGCGACAGAAAUGGUUCUGAAUAAUAUUUUCUAUAUUACAGCAAAGUUUGGUGAUAAUCAUUCGAAAGAAAUGGACCAUGUGUGGGCCACGUUGUGCACUUCAUGGCCUAAUAACAUGAAGGUCAUUAUUCGAUAUCUCAUUAUUAUUAGUGGUAUGGCGCCAAAUGAAUUGCUACCAUAUGCCAAACGCGUGGUUGUUUACCUGGCCCGAGUACAAACUGCAAGAUUACUAGACGAAAUGAUGUUUGAGCUGCAAACUGUGGAGACACUGAAUUGCCUUAUCGAGCGCACCGAAACGCCACCGUUCUACAGACUCACUGUAAUGCGUAAAACUUCGAGUCAUUCGGACGGCACAGGUGGAGUUGCAGGACAGACUGAUACGAAUAGUCGAAGCGAUCUAGGGGUGGAAAAAGGCACAAUUCACACCAAGAGGCAUAGUGGCGAAGAUCCGACAAAGUGCGGCUCGCCGAAAAUGGAUCCGUUGCUCCACGACUUUGAUUCCGGUGUUCGCCUCAACGGAAAUGUCACAGAGGGUUCAUUUGCUAUAUCUUAUGCGACGAUGCUGCACGAUAUGCGCUCUCCAAAAAAUCACCACAAUAACGGAAACAUAUCCGAGGACUGCACCCCAACUACUGAUGAAAAUUCUGAUGAUUUGUUUUCUCUGGCUCGACCAGAACAACCGAAAAAAAAUGAUAUAUCAAUUCCACAGCCUCAUCCCCUACCAAUGCCCGAAUAUGGUGGCUACUUUGCGCCACUAACGGAAUAUCUGCCAGACAGCUCCCAACCUAUAUCCGGUUUCCAUCGAUGUAAUGUUGCCGUUAUGCUUCUCUGUGAUGUCGUAAUCGACGGCAUAGACAUUGAUUGGGCAGUCCAUGUACCGCUUAUACUUCAUAUUCUAUUUUUGGGUUUGGAUCACACAAGGCCCCUAGUUCAUCAGCACUGCAAACAAUUGCUCUUGAAUUUGUUGAUUGUUUUAGCACAACAUAAUGACCAUCUUGUGGUGGCACAUAUACUAUUGAACAGUAAAACUAAUUUGGAAUUUGGACUGCCUACGCCUAUUUUACCAGUUUUGAAGCACACAUUUACAGAACCUGAUACGACGUUUGACAGUUAUCUACAAGGUCCAGUUCCACUCAAUUUUACCGAAGAAACACCCGGAACUGGCGAAGUUGAAUGCAACACGAAAUUGAAUGUACCAGACGAUAAAAAGGAAGCAAUUGGACCACCCGUUAUUGUAACAGCUGAAGACCAAUUGAUUUGGUCUGGAUCUGAAGGGGGCCCUAACUUAUCGAUUCAAGAUGCUAUAAAAUCACUGAUUCACUUUAUAUCAACUCGUCAAAAUCAACCUUUAUGGCCGUAUGAAGAUAUUACAGCAAAAUUGUGGCAGGUGCGGAGUGCUGAGCAGAUCGAUAUUUUCCUGCAGCAUGUGCUAAGACUAUUUCAAGAUUCCUUACCAAACGCGCACAUUAAUGAACGAUGGGCUCAGACGGCACUUCAGCUUGGCCUCAGUUGUUCUUCCCGUCAUUAUGCAGGGCGCUCUUUACAAAUAUAUAGAGCUUUACGCGUGCCUAUUACUUCACGAAUGUUAUCGGAGAUUUUGAGUCGACUCGUCGAGACUGUAGCUGAACAGGGCGAAGAUAUGCAAGGAUACGUUACUGAAUUGUUGCUAACCUUGGAGUCAGCAGUAGACUAUCUUGAGUCCGAUUUCCGUCCGCUCGACUUUAUGCGCGAUUUCUUUAAAUCUACUCCUAAUUUAAACAAUAAGGAUUGUGCUUUAAAGAGAUCAAACAAUGGUAAUAUCGUUGGUGGAGAUAUGCAACCGUGUCUUUUGCACCACACUCAAACAGGUCAUACCAGAAGUACGAGUUAUUCCGUAAGUUAUGGAUUAAGGAAAAAUUCCGGGUCGCCCGCGAGUGAUACUAAAGAGAUGCGUUCGCGGAACUCAAUGGAAGUAGAGAAUCGUACAUCUGCGACUAAAUUCUCUUCUAAUCUAUCACGAUCUCGAAGUGCACAAAGUUUAAAAUUAAUGGGAGAUUCCGCCAGUCAGGAUGAUAAAAUGACAAUUUUAGCACAACUUUUUUGGCUUUCGGUGUCGCUUUUAGAGAGCGAUUACGAGCACGAAUUUCUUUUGGCAUUGAGAUUAUUAGCCCGAGUUAUGCAUCGAUUGCCAUUGGACAGGCCAGAUGCCAGAGAUAAAGUGGAAAAGCUUCAAGCGCAACUGCGUUGGGCUCAAUUUCCAGGUGUUCAUGCUUUACUAUUGAAAGGUUGUACCCACCCUAAUAUUUAUGAAGCUGUAGUAGUACUACUAUCGCAAUUUACACCAUUACUGGAUUUGGUUGUCGUGGAUCCAUCACAAAGCAUCGCAUUUCCUAUGAAUGUUAUUGCGUUGCUUCCGUAUAUGUUGCUCAACUACGAAGAUGCUAAUGAACUUUGCAUCAAAAGUGCUGAUAAUAUUGCACAAGUUAGUAUUGAGAAAAGCAAGAAACUGGAGAAUCUUGGUACCGUCAUGAAUCUGUAUAGUCGGCGGACUUUUAGUAAAGAGAGUUUUCAGUGGACAAAAUGUGUUAUAAAAUAUCUUUACGACACUUACUCACAUCUAUCUUUGAAUAUGCUUACAUUUUUGGUGGAAGUACUGGAAAAAGGUCCAACCAAUCUACAACUACCAGUGCUGAAUAUUUUACACUGCAUGUUGCAUUACGUGGAUCUCGCCUCUGCGGCUUCUCAACCGAUUAAUGCCGAUCUCUUAAGAGUUAUAGCUAGAUAUAUCGAAGGCCCUCAUUGGAAAGAAUCUUUGAAGAUUUUGAAACUUGUUGUAACUAGGUCUAGUAGUUUGGUGGCUCCACCAACUCAUAUUACUAGCUAUUGGGAGAGUAAUAUUACAUCAGUGCCUCAUCCAUCAUUUAGUGAUAUUGACGUUUUUAGCAAGAAGGAAUUGCCAGGAAGAACAAUGGAUUUUACUUUUGAUGUUUCUCAAACACCUGUGAUUGGUAGACGUUUCUUGAAAGUGAAUAAGCCUGAGGAAAAUUUAACUGUGAUGGCUUCUCCCCGGCGCUCAUGCUCCUUAAGUCCUGCGGAUACUGGUUUAAUAUCCGGCUGGAAACGGUCGUGGUUGUCACAGGGACGUGUGCGUGAAUGCCUAGUCAACUUAUUGACUACAUGCGGACAACGAGUUGGUUUGCCAAAGAGCCCUUCCGUCAUAUUCAGUCAAAGUUCCGACAUUUUGGAACGGCAAUCAAGUAUGGCUUCCAGUACAGAGGAGGUUUCUGUUGGAAACAAUGAUCAUAGCGGCGGAUCGAGACGUGAUGAUCAUACUGCUGACUUCGGUGUUUUUAAAGACUUUGAUUUUUUGGAAUAUGAAAGCGAAAGCAUUGAAGGCGAGAGUACUGACAACUUUAAUUGGGGCGUGCGUCGUCGUCCACUUAGUGAAGGCGAGGAGGAGCACCCGAGUUUGAAACAUUUGGAAGACAGCAUCAGCGAAAAAACUCCGGUGUUAAAGGUACGCAAAAGAAUCGUUGCUGAAGAGUCUUCUGAUGAUGAAAUUGGUUCCGAAUCUCCUUUGGAUGAAAUUGUUGCUGCUUCCGAGUUUGAUACCAGUAGCCAUACUGAAAGUGCUAUUUUUCCUCCAAUGUCAUUGAACUUACCUCGAAGUAGACAGAAUUCCAGUGCUCGUUCGGACACAAGUGGAUCAAGUGUUGGAGAUAUGGGGGAUGUAACGCCAUGUAAUACAUCGCCGAAUUUGUCGGUUUUGAUGCGACCCUUAACCCGAAGCGAUACCCUGGAAACGUGGUCUGCAUAUGUACAAGCAAAUCUCUCGCAGACGAAUGCGCUUGCACUCUUUCAUCAAUUGCAACGCUUAAUACGUAGUAUAUCGAAUUCGUCCAUUAUAAUUACGCGCGAGUCUUGUACACAUCUGACCAAAUCGAGUAGCACUGCAAUUAUAAAACUAAUCAGUUCCCGACUUACUUCUAUGAUUGAUAUUGUGAAUCUUCGCGUUUUACCAACACAUUUCAUUUGGUUUAAUUCGAUGGUCUUAAGUUCUUCCAAGCUGAACGAGACAUUGCGGUAUGGAAUUCUCGAAGUUCAAGAGCACUUGGAAACUUUUUGCGAUAAAAGGGAACAGGCGACAAUGUUUUCCGACUCUAUAAAAACGUCAUUAAAACUUGAACAAUUGAGCGUGCAAAUGCCUGAUCGACUGGAGGAUUAUUUGCUUGAUCUAUCUAAAGCAUUGUACAAGUUACAUUUUCAACUCCUUCUACUGAUUGAAGCUGCAAACAAGAUGAUCUCUACUUUAACUGCGACAUUGAAAUCCUCUAACUUUAAGGAUGUAACGAAUGAAAUAAUAUUAAUUCGAAGCAAUUUGAAUCGAACACUUGAAGAGAUUGAGGCAGAUAGUGGAACUCCAACUCCUGUGUCUUCUACAGCAAUGUCUCCAUCUAAUGCAACAAUUGAAGAAUUGGAGUCAUCGCUCUACGAUUUUAUUAUUAACGAAAGGUGGUCCACAGCCAUUUCAUUCAUUAAACACAACCGAGGCCACUUAAGCAGUGAACGUCAAGGUGUGGAAUUUGAGGAUGAAAUCGACUUGAUUACAAAUGUAUAUUGCAAGAAAUUAGUCCAAGAAAGGCCUGAUUCAUUUGUAAUUACAAAUCAGGACAAUGAUUUGGGUGAUGUGUUUGGAAGAUUGUUUCAGGUCUCUGCUGCUGUUUCUGAUUUAGAAAGUAUGCUAAGGGAGAGAGACCUAUCCCAUAACUCUGUCAGUUUCCCGAAGGAUUAAUAUUAUAUUUUAUUUUGAAUAUAUAAAUUAAAAUAAAAUAACAUUAUACUAUAAGACACUUUGUACCAAGGCAAUUGAUUGAAAGAAAUUAAAAGGACAACGCCGCUACAUAGAUGUAA